AUGCAUGUCUUGCUGGGCUGCUGGAGUGGGAGGCGAGCGAAGAUGCGUUGCGAAGAUGCCGUGGCCGCUUCAGUCACUUGUCGCCUCCACUCCGACCCGGUCGGGCUCAUGUUGACAUGUCUCCGGCGUUCGGUUGACAGGUUCACUUUCGCACCGACAGCCCCUCGUCAUGUCGCGGCCAGACAAGAGGAAAGCCUACAUCUUCUUGUCGGUCGGACCGACAACUUGUCGACGGGUUUGGUUGUCUGA